UGUGUAUAAUGGUGACCUCGCUGCAUACGGUACGUUGUAGCUUGUAUUCCACCUCGCUUUUUUUGGCACAUCGCGUCUACAGAACAUGUGUUGCAUCCUUAUGUGUCACGUGUCCCUCUCCCCUGUCAGAAAGCUUGUUAAAGGCCUGGCUAAACGCAUAAAGCUUUGUAAUGUUUCCGAACGUGCUUGUACUUAUAGAAUAGUAAGGACCUCAGGGGGUCACGUGAUUGACUCUCACUAAUCCUCACCUUCUCAAACGGUGCACUAGAUUGUCUCAUGAUCUGGCAAGAGCAGCUUUAACAAUGGAGGAUUUUGAGGGUCAGUUUGCCGCACUUUCCAUUGCGAAACGAUCAGAACAGAAUAAAGACCCUACAUACUUGCUGGACAUCGAUUGUUCGAAAACAGCAGCUGGAGCAGGGAACCAACAGUUAGUCGCAGUUUCCUGUUCAAAUAAAUCAAUACAUGUAUACAACAAACAGACGUUGGGCCUAGUGGGGCAGUACAGUGGCCAUUCUGGUCCAAUUUGUGGUGUCAGAUUUGCCCAGACGUCUGACAAUCUUCUGUUUACCGCCUCUGGUGAUGGUACAGUGAGGUGCUGGGACGUGCGCACACCUGGCACAGAUGCUGUCCAGGUCUUUAGAGGAUACCCUUCCAAUGUCUUCAGCAGUUUCGAUGUCAACUGCAGUGAUCUGGUCAUCUGUGCAGGCACAGAGAAAGUGCAUGAAGACACUUUUAUGGUCUUUUGGGAUGCACGGGUUGUUAACAGUAAUGGCACAGCUGGGGCUCAGCCUUUAGGGGUCUAUUCCGAAUCACACAACGAUGACAUCACUCAGGUACGUUUCCACCCCAGCAAACCAGACAUGGUGGUUUCAGGUUCCACCGAUGGGCUGGUCAAUGUGUUUGAUAUAGGCACAGACACCGAAGAUGACGCCUUGCUUGCAACAUGCAACUCGGAUUCUUCAGUCAGUUCCAUCACUUGGUCUGGGGAGCGGUACGAUCAGAUCUGUUGUCUGACCCACGAUGAGGGUUUGUUCUGGUGGGACCUUGCACAGCUGGAAACAGAAGAGCCUAUUACACUGUUGAGUGUUCAGGACGCCCGUGAAACAACAGAAAUACAAGGUGGGCACUUGGACUAUUUGAUCAGCGGAAUGUACCACGAAAGGGCGAAGAAGCUGGUCGUUGUUGGUGGAACGAACACCGGGAAGCUUCAUCUUCUGGAUUGCAGAGCUGAGGGGCUGAGGCAUAUGUGUGCUCUACAGGACAGCCACUCCGCUACCGUGCGCUGCUUCCACUGGCACACAGGGGACGACUCUCUGCUCACCGCUGGGGAGGAUGCACAGCUCCUGCUUUGGAAACCAGGUGCGGAAGAACAUUCCACUGGAAAAAAGGGCUUAAUGAAAAGUGUCUCCUCCGUCCAGCAGAAAACCAGGGUUCACAGCAAAAACAUGUGGAAAAGGAAGAAGUGAUUGAGAACCACUGAAACCUAUUUAUUUUCUUCUUUUAUGAACAGUUUCCACAGAUACGUGUAGUGAUAGAAAAGCAGGGGGAUUAUAGUACGAGUGUGCGUUUGUUUAAAUAUUAUGUUUGGGACUUGUUUACAGUUUAUUGUAAUUCUAUUUUAAACUUUGAUUUUAGCUUCGGGGAUUGGCAAAUGAUAUGGACCUUACUACUGGCUAGGAAAAAAAACAAAAAACGUAUUUAUAAGGUUUAUCGCUUGAAGCAUGCCUGAAUUGGCUCUCUCAGAUCAUGUGUUGGAUUUUAUUCUGCUUUCUGUUGCAAGAAUCUCAUUAAGGAUCCAGUGUAACAUGGAUUUUAUGUUAUUUGUUUGUUAGCCUACAAAAGAACAGAAGAAAACGCCUCAUAGUAAUGAAAACAGACCUGUUUACUGUAACAUUGAACCACACGAGCCAGUGUCCUUUAUAAAAAAGGCCACCAGAGGAAAUGCAGCCAUCAAUUUGUAUUAUUUGCAGUUAUUACUGGACUGGUUUUAUUGAUUCCAUCUUCCAUUAAUGUCUGAAACAGUGGCAAAUACAUCACACAUUUCCUUUAGAUUGAAUAUUUGCUCCCUGUGGAGUUCAUUUUAUGAACCUAAUUGUAUAUUGAAUUGUUUACUGAAUUUCACUAAAAUUAAUUUGGCCUAAACUUUGUAUGUUGGGUUAAUUAACAUAUUUUAUUUACAUUUGUAAAUGUAUUCCCAAAUUGUACUGUAUGCCUGUCCACAUUUUCAAAAUAUUCAGUUUCACAUACUGCAUAUAAACAUUUAAGAAUGUCUUUUAUGAAAUGUCUUUAGAUACAGCUGGCAGCUAUGCCACCUCCAGCUAUUAAAGUUGAUAAAAUAUCACCUUGCGGUCAUGAUGUAAGACUGGAGGCUGGGCCUCAGUUAAUUGAUUGCACCCUUGAAAUGUCAUUAGUGAAGUAAAUGACCAGAAGUUAUUUAAAAUGUGCCUCAAUUCAGAAAGUGAACAUUGUGAUGUAAAGCAGUGUGACCUAGGGGUAAACUAUCAAAGAACAUAGUGGCACUACGAGUUCCAUUGUUACCUUGUUUUCAUAGAUAUUUUCACAUGCUGAACACCAAAUUACACUACAAACAUUUAAAAUCAGUUCUUACACUUGUUGCUAAGGAACAACAGUGAACUGUUAAGACCUGUUUUUCAGGUACUCAGUUUUACAAUGGGAACAAAAAGCCAUUUGUUUAUUUUUUUAAAAAUGCUGUUGUGCAGGAACACUGGGAUUUCUGUUGAAUACUUUCUAUAUAACAAUGUAAGGUGUAUGACAAACUAGAAUGUUUCACACCUCACCGAUGUGAAGGUGUACAUACUUCUCAGAUCAUCCCAACAUGGUGUUCUGAAGCCUCUCAAGCUUUAAAUCAUAAUAUAUUAAUAGAAAAACAGCAGCUCGCACACAUAGUAAAGAACGUUUCAGGCACUUUGUGAGACCAGGUCAGGUGUAAAAACCUUGAAACUUGCAAACAAAUCAAAUUAGGAUAACUUAGGGCAGCACUGAAAUUACUUAUCUUGCCCCAUCUGAAAGUAAUUUAUAUUAAAAACAGGGUUUAGUUUUAAUAUUAAAAGGGCUUAAAAGUAUGUAUUUUAAUAGCUGGUUUUGAAUGCCUUCUAACAGUCGCAUGUUAUGUACUGAACGGAAAAAAGUAAGCAAAAAGUCAAAGUGAGGUCCCUUAUGAAAGUAAUUUAAGGGUCACUGCCACUGGUAUGAAUGAACCAAAUAAAACAGUGGUCAGAGAUCAUGAGAAGGAGCUUCUCUUAAAUAUAGGUUCUAUUUUAAUCUGGUAUGGAGUUACUGGUAUGUGAAAUAAAUCUGAAAAGCAUUCUGUUUUAUGUUUGUGUAUGUCUUAUUGCAGUGGAAUUAUGGUACGUGGCAAACAGAAAUAAUGACGUAUGUUAGUCAAGCCAGGCAUUUAACCAAAUAACUGCACAUUGUAUGUAAUUUGACCAACUGUUUAAAAUGACUAAUCAUUUGUUCAAAUGAGUAGUUUCACAGAAUGAAUGGUACAUAUGUUAUAUUGUAAUUUGCUGAUCUAUUAGAGUGGUCAUAGGAAAUCAGCAAGGAGCCUUGUUUUGUGGGGGGGCAUUCUGCAGCAGGGAGUGACAUUUUCAAUGUCCAUGGUUUACCUAUUACAUGGAACAGAGAUAUAGGGUUAUUGUUUAAUUUCUAUACAGGUAGAGUUUCUAUUUGUUUUACGAACAU